AUGCAGCCAAACCCGGCCGCGUUGGUCACCACCAGGCCUGUUCAAAAUGCCCAUACUGGGUUAGAUCUGUCCGUUCCAGAGUACCAGGAGAUCCGGGGGAAGAUGAUGUCUGGCCACGUGGAAUAUAAUAUUGUGGUUGUUACUCACCUGGCUGUGUUCAAAUCAGCAAAGCACAAACCAGAAGACGUCAUUCAGUUUAUGGUCUCGAAGAAAUACAGCGAGAUUGAAGAAUUUUAUCAAAAACUGGUCACACAGUAUCCACACGCAUCAUCUCUGCCUCCGCUGCCGAGGAAAGUGCUGUUUGUUGGGGAAUCUGACAUUCGGGAGCGAAGAGUUAUGUUCAAUGAGAUCAUGCGAGCCAUUUCCAAGGAAGCAGAUCUAGCAACAAGCCCUGAUUUACUGGAAUUCCUAGGAACCAGAUCUGCUGGUGUGGUUGACUUCAAGGGUAAAAACCUUCCUGAUAAGGAAGAGGAAGAAAAUGAAGCUUUUGAUUUCUUCCGAGAGGACAGAGCGCCUGACGUAGUCCCCCAGUUCGAGUCCCUGAAAAAGGGAGAUGGUAAAAGUGCGAAAGAAGAAGAGGAUGAAGAAGAGGAAGAUGAUGUAGACCCUCUUGGCGUGAUCAAAUCUAAAAAGACCAAGAAGCCCUUGCCUUCUCCCGUCAGAGAAAACAAGUCCAAGUUAACAAUUUUUGAUGAAGAACUGGAUCCAGACAAUGAACUCUUCGGCUCGGCUAAAGAUUUUUCGUUCACUGGCAACAAGAGGAUGUUGUCAGCCGAAGAAAAUCUGAAGUUAUUUGAAGAUCCAGACCUUGGUGGAACAGUAAUGCUAGGUGACUCACUACUGUUGCCAACAGCUUGUGUGAACCGAGAGCACGCCGUAGCCUCUACCCUUGAUGAGGACACCAGUGAACUGUUGAGAGUGGAAGAGGAUUUUGAGAAAAUGUGGAAGUUGAGCACUAAACCGAAGCUCAAACCCAAGCCCCAAGUGCCUCCUAAGCCAGCAAUACCGAAGAAGCCAACAAUCAGCUCCAAAGUUCCAGUAUCAACAGCCCCCAAGGCGAAGUCAACAGAAGCGAAGGCUCAAAGCAUGGGAGAGGUGGACAUUCUCAAGUACAUUCAGGAAAACGAAUCCCUGGGCGGCGAAGAACCGAGCCUGUUCUGA